AAUAGGGUCCGUUCUCUUUUCCUCAAAUUUAACGUCCUUCUCGUCCACUACCCGAAAGCGGUGCUGCAUUGCUUUCACCGCACGCAACCAUGCGCACCCUCCUAAAACCACUGCUGGCACAAGAUCCACGCUUCGUUUCAUUCUAUGCACCAAUUUUUCAGUCCUUGACUGGCAAGAACUUGCUGAAACUAGGCCAACAAGUCCACGCGCAGAUGGCCCUACGUGGGUUCGAACCCGAUGCAUAUCUCGGCGCCAAGAUGGUCGCAAUGUAUGCAAGCUCAGAUGAUCUCGACUCAGCCGUCGCUAUCUUCCACAGAGUAAACAACCAUCAACGCUUCUUUAUAAUUCGAUCAUUCGGGCGUAUACGCUACAUGGGUUCUCUGAGGAAACCAUGGAAAUCUAUGGCAGAAUGCAUUCUUUAGGGCUUAAAGGAGACAACUUUACGUACCCUUUUGUUCUCAAGUGUUGUGCGGAACUGUCGAGGAUUUGGAUUGGAAAAUGUGUUCAUGGGUUGAGUUUGAGAGUUGGGUUAGAAUCUGAUAUGUAUGUUGGGACUUCUUUGAUCAACAUGUAUGUGAAAUGUUGUGAUAUGAGUGAUGCACGUAGGCUGUUCGAUAAAAUGACUGUGAGAGAUGUUUCGUCUUGGAAUGCAUUGAUUGCGGGAUACAUGAAAGAUGGGGAGAUUUGUCUUGCUGAGGGUUUGUUUGGGCAAAUGCCGGACAGAAAUAUUGUUUCUUGGACGGCUAUGAUAUCAGGGUACACUCAAAAUGGGCUUGCGGAGCAAGCAUUGUUUUUGUUUGAUGAGAUGUUGAAGAAAGAUUCGAAGGUUAAGCCGAACUGGGUGACGAUAAUGAGUGUUCUUCCUGCAUGUGCACAUUCCGCUGCCCUCGAGCGAGGGAGAAAAAUUCACAACUUUGCGAGCAGGAUUGGUUUAGAGUCUAAUGUUUCCAUACAGACAGCACUCCUCGCAAUGUAUGCUAAAUGUGGGAGCCUUUUGGAUGCUCAUCAGUGUUUCGAAAGAGUACGUCGAACUCAAAAUAAUGUAGUUGCAUGGAAUACAAUGAUAACAGCUUAUGCCUCACAUGGACGCGGAUCAGAAGCUGUUUCCACCUUUGAGGACAUGAUCGUGGCCGGGGUUCAACCUGAUAACAUUACAUUCACAGGGUUGUUAUCAGGAUGCAGCCAUUCAGGGCUUGUUGAUGUUGGCCUAAAAUACUUCAAUUACAUGAAAACAGUAUACUCUGUCGAACCCAGGGUUGAACAUUAUGCUUGUGUUGUUGAUCUUCUGGGUCGUGCAGGGCGCUUGGCAGAAGCUAAAGAUCUUAUAAGUAAAAUGCCAAUGCAAGCAGGGCCAAGCAUUUGGGGUGCAAUGUUAUCGGCUUGUCGGAAACACCAUAACUUGGAAAUUGCCGAAAUUGCAGCUAGAAAUCUAUUCAUCUUAGAACCAGAAAAUAGUGGCAACUAUGUCAUGCUGUCAAACAUAUAUGCUGAAGCCGGCAUGUGGAAGGAAGUGGACAAUUUGAGAGUUCUUUUGAAAGCUCAAGGCGUGAAGAAGAACCCUGGAUGCAGUUGGACAGAGGUCAAUGGGAAAGCUCACUUGUUUCUUGGUGGAGAUACAUCUCACCCUCAAGCAAAAGAAAUUUACGAGUUCUUGCUGGACGAGUUACCAAAGAAAAUUAAGGCAGCCGGUUAUGUACCUGACACUAGCUUUGUUUUGCAUGAUGUUAGUGAGGAGGAGAAAGAACAUAGCCUGACAACCCACAGUGAAAAGCUUGCCAUUGCCUUUGGACUUCUUAAUACUAGUCCUGGAGUAGUUCUUCGAGUGACCAAGAACCUUCGAAUCUGUGGAGAUUGCCACACAGCCACCAAGCUAAUAUCGAGAAUCUACAAACGGGAGAUAAUUGUAAGAGACUUGAAUAGGUUCCAUCAUUUUAAAGAUGGGAACUGUUCCUGUGGAGAUUAUUGGUGAUAAAGGAGUUUAGUUUCGCAUUAAUCAAAGGUACGACUUGUUCGAAAGAUGCAAGGGCACUAUUACCAUCAACCAUGCAUAUCCAAAUCAUCAAAUUCUCAUGCAAGCUUCCCACUUUAACCAUGUUGCUAAAGAGAGAGCCAAACCAAAACCCCCGAACAAAUCUUUCGAGUGACUGCUACGAGUUGAGAAUUUUCGCUCAGCAGCGGACACAUUCACGAACCCCUCUUAGAAGCUUGGAAGAUUGGAAAGCUCCUCCAUAAUGUGUCAUGGGCUUAACUGAGUAAUACGCAUGUGAAGAGGACAGGCCGAGUCUAGGAUGGUUUGUUUCUUGUUACGUUGGAGGUUCAAGUUUGUCGGAGACUUUGAGUAGACAAUUUAACUGAGUUAUAUUCCAGCUUUGUUUGUGCAAAGCAUAAGGCCUUUGGAGGUGAAAAGAUGGCUAAAACGUUCUGGCGCUGUAAUGCUUUAGCCGCCAUUUUGUCUAUGAAGAUUAUUGUAGUGAUUAGAUAGGGACUUGUGUAUAAGUUUUGGUGCUAAUUGUGUGGGAUUAUUUUAGUGAAUCCGGUUUCAUAAGCAGAAUACAUUGUCAAUCCUCUUCGAAGCUCACAAAAACCACGGUUUGAUGGCAGAUCGGAAACUAAGAUGACGUUAUCCGGUGAAGUUGAGUUAUAUUGUACAGAAAGACAAUGUCCGGCGGACUCCGGCCAAGACAUUUUGAUGAGACUGGUGUUUUAGGGUUUUAGCUGUCUUCUAGGUAUACAUGUGGCUCCAUAGCGGAACUGGUCAUUGGCUCUACUCGUUUCUUUCCUACCGAACCAGAGAGCCGAAUGUUAUGUCAAGAGGACCAACAACGGUGGGAGUAGUAACGAGAAUGAUUCCGAGAUAGAAUGGAUCUUCCUGAAUUCAUUCAUCACGUUUUUCACACGGACGAAAACAAUGAGGGAUUUCGUUAUCAUGAACAAUGAAUGAAGACAUGAUUGAAGAAAAAUGCUAAAAACUCAAAUAAGGAUGCAAAAUCCCACUUUCCAUUUGUACAUCGAAGCCGUUAUCUGUGCUGUUCAUUUUAUGUACAUCUCAUAUAAUUUACAGACAUUUAUCGACGCAGAGCGAUUUAUUUUA